AGUUGCUCAUGCUCUAUUAUCUGGUUCAUUUAUUUCCGUGUUCCGAAUCGCUCAAGGACAUAUUGACCAUAAAUUAACCGAAUCAUCGGACUUUCGGACAUGGCUCGAAUGCUUAGGAGCGGUGUGAGGGGAUACUUCACUUCUCAGAUCCGAAUGGGAUCCGAUCAGUUGGGUGAACUGGGUAAAGGUGCUGGUAAAGGAGGAGGUGCGGGCGGAUCCGUGAGGGAGGCCGGAGGAGCGUUUGGUAAGAAGGAAGCGGCAGAAGAAGAGCGCUAUUUUAAGCAGAAGGAGAUGGAGCAGCUGGCAGCCCUGAGGAAACAUCACCAAGAAGAGAUCGACCAUCACAAGAAAGAGAUUGAGCGUCUGCAGAAAGAGAUUGACAGACACAAGGGCAAAAUCAGAAAACUUAAACAUGACGACUGAAGCACUACCACCAUCAUCAUAUAUGUUUCUCUCUCUGAUGUCUGUGUGCCUGCCCUGAGGGACUCGCUCUCUCACUGUCUGUAAUCAUCAUCAAUCACAUGAUUAGAUACUUUAUCAUUAAAUGUUUGCAAAAACCUGCUGUCUUCUGUCGUGGGCUGAUGAACCAAACAAUGUUGUAGCUAAACAUUCUGAUGAUUGAUGAAGUUCUGUUCAGAUGUGUUGAUCUGAUGAACGCACCGCUGAUGUCAGGUGUGUGUAGACAUGACAAUAAACAAUAUGAUCAGCUGAG